AACAGUCGCCAUUUUCCCUUCAUGAUAAAUGUUACAGCACCGACAUUUUUGACUUUAUUAGCUAAAAUAUUAUGGACAGGAGGAAAUCAUACACAUUUAGUAGAAAAUGUUGUGUUAAAAUCGAACAUGUUCUAACGGGAGCGGACAUAUACCGCGUUGGUACACUCACUGAGCAGAUCGGCCGACUAGCUAAUCUCUAAAUCAUCUGAGACACCUACAUGAGAUAACUUUGGUUACGUUGGGAAAUCCACACAAUGUAGAAUCGAUGCACGUGUACAAAGAAUUUUUGAGAUCGGAGACGAAGGGGGCGGACACGAUAUUUAGCUUACACAAGCUCAUAUUUGAUUGAUAAUAAACUAAACACAUUUAUAAGAAAUUAUAACCCAUAUUAUUUUGCUAAUAAUAUAAACAUUUGAAAACAGACACUGUUUUUCCUCUUGAAAUACUCGUUUUGAGGAACCAACUGCUGGUCCCACGGUCUACCUGAUGAGUAUGAGCGAGUCUACAGAACCUUCUAAUGAUGCUCCCACUCUCACUGAAGCCCACAUUACCCCUGCAUCUGCAGACAACAUUUCCCCUGCACCUGCAGACAACAUUUCCCCUGCACCUGCAGACAUCAAUCCCCCUGCACCUGCAGACAUCAAUCCCCCUGCACCUGCAGACAUCAAUCCCCCUGCACCUGCAGACAUCAAUCCCUCUGCACCUGCAGACAUCAUUCCCCCUGCACCCACAGCCCCCACCCAGUCUCAGGUGACGAUGACAACGCCGGCUGAGAAGAAGGCAGAGGAUGUGGUGCCCGUGGAGGAAGAGGAGGAGGAAGAAGAAUAUGUGGUGGAAAAGGUCUUGAAUCGAAGAGUAGUGAAAGGAAGAGUGGAGUACCUUCUCAAGUGGAAAGGCUUUUCGGAUGACGACAACACAUGGGAACCAGAGGAUAAUUUGGAUUGCCCCGACCUGAUUGCACAGUUUCUGCAGAAACAGAAAUCGGCCCAUGAGUCUGUGGGUAAGAGGAAGUCUGCAGAGACCAGUGUGGAAGGAGAGGAAAGUCGACCCAAGAAGAGAAAAGAUGACCCAGAGAAACUAAGGGGCUUCGCUCGAGGUUUGGAUCCAGAAAGGAUUAUUGGUGCCACUGACUCCACUGGAGAACUCAUGUUCCUCAUGAAAUGGAAAAACUCUGAUGAAGCAGACCUGGUACCCGCUAAGGAGGCAAACGUGAAGUGUCCACAGGUGGUCAUAUCCUUCUACGAGGAGCGGCUUACGUGGCACUCUUACCCCACCGAGGAGAAGGAGGACGACAAGAACUAGCCGUUUGGUGUCAAGCUGGUUCUGAAGACUAUAGAGGUAGUGCAAGGGCAUAUGGGUUCUAGGCAGAGGGUCUGAAAAAGCAAGAUAGCAUUUGGACUCCCUUUUGGCUUAAUAUCACCCAUCAGGUUAAACUCUUAUCUGGAUAUGAUCAGUCAAUACAGGCUAUGGGUUAUCUUGAGGAAACACAACCCUGGAAGAAAUAUAUAAUGCAGUGUUAAUUUUUAAAGAUUCACUUCAGUGAUGGUUUAUUUGGAUACUAAAAGAUCAUUUUCACACUGCACCCUUGAUUAAGAGGUCCAGACCUUUUUGCUAUGACAUUACUGUAUAGGCUGGUGGAGAUGUUAUCAUUCAUAGUGUUGUGAACAAGAGAACAGUGCCAUUUUGUCUUUUAACGUAAAUGUUUUGUAGCGUUUAGUGCAAAACGAUGUUAAUCUGUGCUCAUUUUGUGACGGUUUUAUUCGUGUAUUAAGGUGACUUGUUGAAAACCAUAUCUUUUUACUUUGCUCAUUCAUCCAUAUUAUCAUUCUAACAUUUUCAUAAACAGAACUUGCUUGUCUGUUUUUGGAGAAUAAACAACUUUUUGUUACA